AUGGAAUCACCUGGGAUUACACAAUAUUAUGACAAAAUCAUAGAAUUAUGUAAGAAAGUUGAUCCUAUUAUGCCUGAUUCAUUAAAAUUAAAAUAUUUGAUGACUGGUAUGAAAGAAUCAUUAAAAAUACAUGUUGCAUUACGGGACCCAAAAACAACAGAUGCAUUUUUAUUGAUUGCUAGAAAAGUUGAAAAUACAUUAACAUUAACAAGUACAAAUAAUGAUGGGCAACAAAAUAACGUUAAUAUCAAUGCUGCUACAUUUCGAAAACAAUCAGUACGACCAAAUAUUUCACAGAAAUCUAUUAAUAAAACUCGCCAUAAUACUUUUCAACAUUUACAAUCACAACCAUAUCGGAAAAACUAUCAGCAUAAUGUACAAAAUUCGAACCAACAAAUUCGGAAUCAUGAUCCUGCAAGAUAUCCACAAUAUACAUCACAAUCAAAUAAUUGUUAUAAAUGUGGUACUCCUGGACAUUAUGCUCGGGAUUGUACCCGUACCCAUUUCGGGUAA